CACCCUAUACUUUGUCAGGGAUUAAGUGAUAUUGAUUAAGUGAUAUGUCCCUGGUGUUUCCAGAGUCCGUCAACCUUUGUCAACCUCUAUGAAGACAGACAUUCAAUGUGCUAUUUAAAAUCUAUUAGAAAUCAAAUCAAAUGAGCACUGAUAACAUUUUUCAGGAGGCAGACACGAUAAGGCAAUUAUCACUUAAUAUCACUUAUUAUCACAAGAAUUCCUUUUAUUAUCCUGGCUGGUAGAAAGAUGGCCACUCUCCAAAGUCAAGAUAAGAUCCCAGGUCAUCUUUAGUUUCUGGUCUAUAUUCAUCUAAAUGCAGCACUUCUGUUCUAAAUGAGGCAGAAACAUUUUGCAGUCAUCAAGUCAAAACACAUGAAAUCACAGAUUAUUUCUUCCAGAAUAAAAAAAAAGUCUUAAAGCUGCAUAACUAUUUUCCCAACAGAAUAGAAGUCUUUUUUCUAGAAUAACAAUAAAGCUUAGCUGGACUUCGCAGGUGAACAUCAGAUUAUGCAUCUUAACUUUAGUAAACUUGUUCUGGAGUUUGGUUGUGGGGUGUGCAUAAAGUAAACAAGUAUUAACAAUAAAAUGUAGUGAAGAGGCUAAAGUAAAAGCACCCAGCACAGAGACUAGUUUUGUAUUUUGCACUUUGUAACUUGUGUUGAGCAGGUAUGAUCCCCCGCAACAAAUGUGUAAAGCUUUACAGCACUACAUCACACACAGAAGGAGCUAGCUCUGUAAUUCUGUCUUUCACUUAUCAACCCCUUAGAUGAAUUUUGUGUUUGGUACCUGAGCAGUAUAUAGGCCCUGUCUUCUGUACAUGAGCUGUUAGCUUCUAGUAACUGCUCAGACUCGGAGCCCAGCAGAGCUUGUGACUGCAGAGGCCGCUGUUUCCGCUGCAGAGUUACAUAGUGUUGCUUUAAAACUCAUGAGUGAAGUCCAAACAGCAUGGAGAAAUAUGCUCCCUGUCUGAAGAGAGCUGGACCCAUCUGCGUUUAACAACUUUUAUUGUGCAUUUGGAAAAUAUUUGUAAUUAUGUGGGAAUAUAAACUGAUGCAUUCAUAGCUUGUUUGUUUGAACUUUACCAGGUAACAGAUGCAGAAAAAACUUAUUUGAGCUAUUAAUCACUGAACAGAAUUUCCUCUGAAACUGCUCUACUGAACUCUCUGACAUCUGUUGUGUUGUCCAGUGUGUCGGACCCUGAUUCGGUCCACAGCUGCUCAUUUUUCACCGCUAUCCUCAGCAGCAUUAAUCACACAUGUGUACACAGCUGAUGAUUUAAGACACCAACUCAUGUUUUACCUCCUGGUUAGUCUCUCAUGUUUGGAUGUUCUCCACGUUGCAACUUGCCUUUCUCAGGCGCACGUUUAAUUCAAGAAUGAAAGCUGAUAUUGUCUGUGUGUAAUUUGCUGUCUGUCUGUGUCGUCCUCCCUCUGCCUACCUCUCAAUCCCUGUCAGUCACACAUCUCAUGAUUGAAGUGCCCAGACUAACUGGAGUCUUUGUGUGUCCGCUGUACAAAACAAGGAGAGAUAUAAUUACUUUUGUGGGGAACAUUCAAUCCAGGCUUGUCUUACUGAUUUGAAAAGAGGCGUCGUGCAGACACACUAAUUGUUACUUGUGUGAAUGAAAGAUGAUACGCAGAUCACUUGUCUGUUUCAUUAUCAAACGAGAACUUUUUCAGGGCUGUGGUCCCUUUUCAGGAUGGAGAUUGAAGUAGGCCUGAGGUUGUGUCUCUCUCUCUCUGAGUGAAAGGUCAUCGUUCAAAUCAGUGGUGGAAGAAAUACUCACAUUCGCCUAUACCACAGGGUUACAACUGUAUCAAAACAGGGAAAGAGUUUAAAGUACACAGACAUUUACUCAGGUGAAGAAAAGCAGAGUUUAGUUUUGCGGCUGAAAAUGUCAUACCUCCAAUUUUGGUUAUUUUCUAGAUUUCAGCUCGGCAAGAAAGGAAUGGAAAAAAAGAAAGAAAUAAUUUGGAUGUAUGGAAAGAACUAAAGAAAAUGGAAGAGCAGAAGGAAAGAGAGAAAGAAAGUUGACAAAGGGAAGAAAGAAAGAUGGGAAGAAAGGGCAAAGAGUAAAAUGAAUGAAAAAAGGAAGAAAUAUUGCAAGAAAGAACAAUAGAGAGGAUGUGAGAAGGACAGAGAGAAAAGAGGAAAGAGGAAAAUACGAAAUCAUAAAUUGGGAAGGAAGGAAGAAGAAUGAAAAAGGAAGAAUUGGAACUAAUGAGGGAAAAGAAAGUGAGAAGGAUAGAAAGGAAAGAAGAGAUCAAGAAAGAUCAGUUAGAGAUGCACUAUAUGGUCAAAACCAUGUGGACCCCCACUGCAGGUCUGGAGGUAUUUCUUCUGGUUCCUUAGUUUCACUAAAGUUAGUUCUUUAUACUGAUAUUUUACACAACAGCAUUCAUCCAACUUUGUGGCAACAGUUUGGUUCUUUCCUGUUUCAACAUGACAAAGCCCCAGUUCACAAAACCAGGUCCAUAAAGAAAUGACUUUCCCAGUUUGCUGUGGAGGAAUUGGACCUGCCUGCACAGAGCCCUGACCGCCAACACCACUGGGAUGAACUGGAGGACCGACUGUGAGCCAGACAUUAUCACCCAACAUCAGUGCUGGACCUCACUGAUGCUCUUCUGUCUGAGUGGGAGCAGAUUCCCCCCCACUUACUGAUGCUAUACAUACUAAGCUGUCAUUUCUUUCAUUCAUUUAAAAAUUCAUGGCCAUUUUUUAAGUAACGUGUCCUUGAUCUCACACAGAAGCAGACAGCAUCCUCAUUCUAACCCUGUUAAAACUUAGAUACUUUCUAUUUUUAAACAGUUAAUGUUACAAGAGUUUGUAAUAAGCCAGUGCUAAUGAUUGCAGCUUACUUAAUCCAUUCCUUCUACUUUGACUUUUUUGGUUUUGGAAAGAAAGAACAAAGACAGCACCUUUAAAAACUGUUUUAAAAACAGAGGAAAUAGAGAUAGCUUCAAAACUCAAUUGUAAAUUAAAAACGUCCUCAGCAUGUGAACCCAGUCUGUCUUUAAACUUCACACUCAGUUUCUGUUAUUGUUUCCUCUCUUUUUUGUUUUUCCUUGAACAGUGACACCACCUGAGGCUCAUUCACUCCACUUCCGAGACAAAAUAAAGGACAACAUGGCCAGCUCCUCUCAGGAGACUGUUUACACUCCGACACCCCUCAGAGUUUCUUAUGAGAGCGGAUUUACUGAGUGCUGAAAAGUGAACAUGAUAGGCUCUGGCUUUUGUGCUUUCACUGUGUAAAGAAACAGAAAGCUGAGAGCUGACUCCCUCUCUCUGUGCACUGAAACUCAGCAGCAGGAAUUCAGUUGCCCCUAACCCUCAUGGGAAAUGAAAGGUGGCUGGUUAAUAGCAUAUUGACAAGCAGCAUAGCAAGAGGGGGAGGGGGCCAAAGGUAUGUACAACACCUGGAUCAAAGCCAGGAAGGAAAGUUUGAGAUCCCAACAGAAGACAAACAACAGAUGCAGAGCUGUGUCUCAGUCUCUUCUGUCAUUCCCUGACAAUCAGUGGUACUUUAACUAGUGGUGAAACCAUGGCCUGAUUAACCUCCUAGGGGCCAAUGGGGCAAAUAUUUGUUGUUAAGCCCCUGCUGACCUCUACUGUACAUGGCAGUGUCAUUGUUUCCCCCACACACCCAGAAACCAACCAGACUUCUGAAGCUGAAGUUGAUCAGUCGAUUAGAUGAUCAUGACAUGACAGAAAACCCUUUUGCAGGAAUUUUCAUAAAUCAUUAAUCUUUUAGGUCUUUUUUUUUUUUCUUAGCAAAAAGCCUAGUUUCCCAGGUUUCUAUGACGCUAAACUCAACAUCCAGUUUAAACUCAGGGACAAAUAACAUUUUCACUAUUUUCAGACAUUUUAUACACUGAACAAUUAAGUGUAUUGAUAAUGAAAGUAAUUUUUUGUUACAGCCUUUUACAGUUCUCCAGAGAUAAAGGUCAUAAAACUAGAUUUUGAUACAGGGCUCCUCUUCAGGACAGGAGCCACAACAUAAUUAUAGCAUAAGUGAGAAUAUAAUCUCAACUCAAAGUUCACUUACCAGGUUUUUUGAGCUUUCAGACGCUUCUAAAGGUCUUCAUCUGCGUGUGGAGUAGGCUCAGGUGGUGUCAUCAUAUCAGCUGAAAUUCAAUUCUAUUUUGUUUUGUCUGCCACAACAUUCAUUCAAAAUCCUACCAAAUACUACUAAUGUACCUGUAUGUUUGUGAAAUCAUCGGUCUCCACUGGGAGCCACAGAGUGUUAACAGGAAAACUUAAACUCAGUUGACCUUGUUUGACUGUGAAAUUCUGGUGAAACAUUCCCCUCUGCUGGAUGUCUACCUUCCCUGCACAUAACAGAGAUAUUUAGCUUUAUACAUAUUUAUAGAUAUAACCAUUGUCAUUAAUACAUGACAGGUAAUCAAACCACAUAACAGUAUCAUUUUUUGAAAUACAAGAGAAUUAUUUUUUGUUUGUUGUGAUUUCAAGCACAACAAGAGUUUCCUGGCAACAGGUGUGGCUGGUGUGGAAAUAGAAAGGUGACAGACAAUGGAGGAUAUAAAUGACUUUCUCCAGAAGUGUGGAAUAAGGAGGGACGCUGAUGUUUGCCAACUCAGCUUCACCAGAAAAAAACUCACCAGUGUCCCCGACUUAGCGAGAUUUCACUUUCUGAGGAAGCUGUGGCUGAAUAACAACAAGAUCAGAGAGCUCAGCUGUCGUUCCUUGAACUGCUGCUUGACUGAACUUUACCUUCAAAAUAAUAACAUCAAGUCUAUUGCAGGUGCCCUGAAUCAUCUCACCUGCCUGCGACGUCUUUUUCUCCACAACAACCAGAUCAGAGGACUGGAGGACACGAUGCACGAGCUCAGGAGGAUGCAGCAGCUCCAAACUGCCACUUUCUUCCUCAAUCCCAUUUCCCACGAACCUGGGUAUCGCUACCAUGUGAUCCACUGCCUGCCUUCUAUCCAGGUCUUAGAUAGGAAAGAAGUGAAGCUAGCAGAGAGGAGGAGGUCCCUCCAGACACACAGCCCGGACAGUCAUCGUGUCCUCCAGUCUGUGGCCUUCGGCAGACGAAUAACAUAA